AUGUCUACUCUUGGUAGUUAUCACAUGAUGAUUGUCUCGAAGUACUUCAGAACAAUCGAAGACUUCAUUAAUGUAGAGUUAAUGUGCAAAAAGUUUGGUGGUAAUAUGGAAAAGUUUCACUUUAAUCCAAUUUCGUUGAGUUGCAAAACUUUUGAAUAUUUUUUAAACAUCGAAACACUUCACUUGUGGAAUGUAGAAGAUGAGAAUUUUGGGAAUGGGUUUAUUGUCAAUAACACAAACAGCAAUAAUGAUAUAAUUUAUGAAGAUAUUAAUAAAGGAAAGGAUAUUACAACGAAAAAGAUGUUCUAUCAAAUUGUUGUGUGGUUUAAUGUUGAUUAUACCACCAUCACCAAAAACAGUGAACGAAAUAUUCAGUUUAAGAAUGUGACAUACACACAAAACGACAGAAACAAAUUUGGUAAUAUCAUAUCACAAUGUGUCACAUCCCUUGGUGAUAAUUGUUUUUAUAAAUGCAGCGAUUUAAAUGAUUUAAUAAUACCAUCAAAAGUCACAUCCAUUGGAAGUGGCUGUUUUAUUGAAUGUUGUUUAAGUAGUGUCACAAUACCAUCGAGUGUCACAUCAUUUGGUAAUUAUUGUUUCUGUGGAUGUAGUAAUUUAAGACAUAUAUCAAUACCAUCAGGCAUUACAUCUCUCAAUAAGUUUUGUUUUUAUGGAUGCAACAAUCUCAAAAAUAUAGUUAUUCUUCCAAGUGUUAUAUCAAUUGGUGAUGGUUGUUUUGGUGGAUGCAAAAGUCUCAAAAAUGUAACAAUACCAACCAAUGUCAUAUCACUUGGAAAUAAUUGUUUCUGUUAUUGUAACAGUCUUACCAAUGUAAUAAUACCAACCAGUGUCAAAUUAAUUGGUGAAGUUUUUUUCAAAGAAUGUAGUAGUCUGAGCAGUGUUACAAUACCAUCGAGUGUCACAUCAAUUGGUGGUUAUUGUUUUAACCGUUGUAAUAAUUUAAGUAAUAUAAUAAUACCAUCAAGUGUUGUAUCAAUUGGUGAUGGGUGUUUUAGUGAAUGUUACAGUUUAAGUGUUGUAGUAAUACCAUUAAGUGUGACGUUUUUUGGCGAUAACUGUUUUCCAUCUCAUACAAGAAUCCAAAGAAAUCAGUAA